AAACUAGUAUAAAAGAGGUGUAAAACAUAGAGGUCCCUCAUCAUCCCUCCCUCCCUCCAUGCACCCUCCUCACCUCACCUCCACUCUCGUGUGUAUAUUCUUCUUCUCGCAAGACAAUCUAAAUUCUAAAACCCCAGAAAUGAAAUUAACAAACACUUCUCGGCCAACGCUUCAGCACAAUCCAUAAUCAACAAAAGCAAACACCCACCCCCCUCCCCCUGGAAGAAAGAAAAGAUUAUUAGCUUUUACCACACUACUGUCAUUUGGAGGAAAAAACACCAUAUAAACAAUGACUUCAAAUUCAAAACCCUAAUUUUCUACCGUUCCCCAUAAAAAAUCAAACAAGCUUAGUUAAACACAAAACAAUGAUUAAUGGUUUUGAUGAUGAUCCAACAGCAUCACCACCGCCACCACCAACACCAACAUCAGCAAACCUCCACUGCACUACCACCACACCCUGUCCCUCUCUCCACUUCCGCCCAUAGAUCCCCAGCUACUCCCUCCCACACUCAAUCCCAACCCCCUCUUCCACUGGCCCCUCUCUCCUCCUCCUCUCACCGUCCCCCACCACCAGCCCUCGAUCAUGUAAUUUCCCCUAUCGCAUCCGCAGCUCACCACUCCGCUGACCCAGCUCCCACACUGGCUAGGGUCCGGCUCUCUGAUAUCUCUCCCUACGAUGGGGCUCCUGGCGGGCCCUACGUGCGGGCGGUGGAUGCGCUUUCGGGGUCUUUAAUGAGGCACAACGCUGCUGUUAUUGAAUUGGGGAGUGACGAAGCCUCGCUUAUGCGGUGUGGCCUCGAGGCUGCAAGGCUGUAUUUUAGGAGUCGGUCUCAAAACGGUGUCGUUAAAGGUUGUAGCGGCCGCGGGGUUUAUAUGUACAGAGCUGGAAGGCCAGUGGAAGAUUGGGACUCGUCACCGCCAUGUAUGGCUGAAAUAUUUAGGUGCAUGGGAAAGGCAGCGCGCUCUGCUUUAUGUGCAAUAGCAAGACAUCUUCGUUUAAGAAGCGAUGUUUUCAACCAAUUGCUUGAUGAUACCCCAUUGCCAGCUGGCGAGGUGUCUUCUUCGGUGCUUGUUGCCACCUAUUCUCAUACUUCUUUGCAAAAUGGAAAAGGGGCUAUUGGGGCAGGGAAGCCAGCGGCUAAUGGUGAGGUUGAGAAGGGAUUGUUGACUUUGAUUUCCUCAGACAGUCCUGGUCUGCAGGUUUGUGACCCAAAUGGUCGCUGGUACUUGGCUGAUUGUGGUUCAGCUCCAGUGGAUCUUUUACUCAUUACUGGCAAGACACUUGGCCACACGACUGCCGGACUUCGUCCUGCUGCCUCAUAUAGAGCUGCUCCUGAUUUCUCAUCGGGUACUAACAGUGGUGGGAGGACUUCACUGGUAUUCAGGCUCAUGCCACAGGGAAAUGCUAUUUUAGAUUGUUCUCCAAUUGCAGCAGCUGGUCAUGUUAUUCCCCAGCGCUAUGUACCAAUAUCAGUGAGUCAGUUUAUGGAUGACCUUUCUGCAGAGGAGGAUGCUGUGUGCAAUCAACCUAAUAAUACUUAUGUUGCUCAAAAUGAUACGAACAAGGAACCAUCACUAAGAAGUGUGCUCUCAGAUCCCUUGUCGGGUGCAUUCCUUGAAGAUGCCAUGUUUGUUUCCUGUGGACAUUCGUUUGGUGGUCUCAUGCUGAGAAGAGUCAUUGAUAUGUCGAGAUGUACACUUUGCAAUGCUGAAAUUGAGGCUGGGUCUUUGGUUCCUAAUUAUGCUCUUAGAGCUGCAGCAUCAGCUGUAAAGAAUGAAGAUGAUCGAAGGCUAUUCCAUAAUGCAACUCUGCGAAAGCGUCGCAAAGAAAUGUGUGAUCACACAGAUUCCAUGAAGAAGAGACCACAUGGGGAGAAUGGAGAUAUUGUUGCCGACGAUGGUUUGCAUAGAGGAGUUCAGUAUCCUUUCGCUGUAAAUGAGAAAGUAGUGAUUAAGGGAAAUAGGAGGACACCAGAAAAAUUUGUUGGAAAGGAAGCGAUCAUCACUUCACAAUGUCUCAAUGGCUGGUACUUGCUUAAGAUUAUUGGUAGUGGUGAGAAUGUUCGUCUACAAUAUCGCUCUCUUAGAAAAAUUUUGAACUCUGAAGCCAUUGAAGACAGAUGUGCUUCACAGCCAAUUCAAAACAGCAGCUAAUAGACUUAAAUUUUCUUAAUGUACACUUACCAUCUCUAUAGGGCUCAACUAGUGAUAGAUCUUGUCCUGUUGAUUGCCAAGAAGGAAUUGAUAUCGUUUCUUGUAAGUUAUUUUGUAUCCGAAUAUUUAGCUAGAAAGCCUAGAAUAGGUAGGUUAUUUUGCAGCGCAGAGUUCAGGUAGCAGAUUGUAAAGAGAGGAAGAUUGAGGAUAACACGGACCGUUUCUUUGUAACACGACGGGUAUGUACACGGGGAAUGAUUUAAUUAGUAUAUUAUAUGUUUUUGGUUUCGUUUU